AUGGCUCAUCGAAAGAUUUCACGCUUCGUUCCAAGUGACCAAAAGUGGCUCAUAGCAUGCCUCAUUGCGGUAUCAUCAGUGGACUCUGUGCUCGUCGGCUACGACAGCUCGCUCAUGGGCAGUCUCAACGUGAUGCCCUCAUACAGCAGCUACUUUACUCUCACCACCACGACGAAAUCGCUCAAUACAGCCAUCUCUUAUGUCGGCGGUGCUGCCAUCUCACCUCUAGCAGGGUUCCUGGCUGACUGGCGAGGCCGACGCGAGUGCGUAUUCUGGUCCGCGCUGGUGACUCUCAUCGGCGGCAUCAUCCAAGGCACCGCGCAGAAUAUCGGCAUGUUCAUUGCCGGGCGGUGCAUCGUUGGUGCGGGUAUGGGGCUGGCCCAGACAACGGCGCCGACGCUGGUUGCCGAGACUACCCCCGUCAAGUAUCGAGGCUUCGCUCUCGGCAUGUACUACUCGUGCUGGGGCAUAGGAACACUUAUCGCAGCGGGCAUCUGCUUUGGGGCGGCCCCGAGCUUCGUCUGCUUUCUUAUUUUGUUAUUUGUCCCUGAGUCACCUCGUUGGCUCAUCAGCCAUGACCGACACGAAGAAGCAUUGGAGAUUCUCAACAUCGUCAAUGGCGGCGAUGCUGACGAUGUGCAAGUCCAGUAUCGUGAGAUUGCGGACACAAUCAACUUUGAAAAAGAGCACAGCCUGGGCCUAGUGCAGGCAAUUUGCAAGAAGUCUAGCCGAAAGCGCUUGUUGAUUACGACCACGUUUUCGGCUAUUGUCAUGCUCCCGGGAACUAACAUUAUCACAUUCUACUUUGGCGAAAUACUCCAGAACGCCGGUAUUCAGAGUCCAAAUACACAACUUCAAAUCAACGUCAUUCUCACAUCAUGGAGCUUGGUCAUUGCCGUUAUCUCAGCCUGGUAUACGGAUUUGCUGGGCCGGAGGCAACUUUGCUCUGCCAGUUUGUCCCUGCAGACCGCCUUCAUCUUCAUAUUUGGCGCGCUCACGAAACUGUAUGGCGAAUCAACCAACACUUCAGGUAUAUAUGCAACUAUUGCCGUCAUAUUCUUGUAUAAUGCAGCGUACAACUGGGGCAUCACGCCGCUUACGGUUCUCUACCCGCCCGAAAUCUUGUCUUUUGAGAUUAGAGGAGUCGGUAUGGGCAUCUAUACUUUCGCUACAAAGUGCUGCGGUCUUCUGGUGACCAUGGCCGUACCUUUCGGCUUGCAGGCUAUUGGAUGGAAAUUCUACAUGAUAAAUGGCUGUUUCGACGUUUUAAUGCUUGUUUUCGUUAUCUUAGUGUGGGUGGAAACUCGUGGACUCAGUCUUGAGGAGGUUGACAGGCUAUUUGACAAGGAAAAGCGUGAGGUGGUCGCUGAGCAAGUCCAUGAAGAGACGAAAGUGGACAUAGAGCACAAGGAAUGCUGA